UUUAUAAAUCAUGACAUUGAGUUAAUGGCUUAGACAUUUCUGAAUAUCAUCCCUGAAUUGUAUCUCUACUAAAACUACUAAUAAUAAACAAUCAUCUCAGCAACACAAAAAUCAAACAUUCGAGAAAAGGAAAUGUCAGCAGUUGGAAACAUAGCCAAAAGAUGGAAGAAGCUAAGCGGAAUAGAUAACUGGAAAAACCUUCUUCACCCUCUAGACAUAGACCUCCGACGAUAUCUGAUUCACUACGGUCAGAUGACUCAAGCAACCUAUGACACUUUCAUUUCAGACAGACUCUCAGGUAAUGCAGGAAACACCAGAUAUUCAAUGAAGAACAUGUUUUCCAGGGUGGGUCUGGCCAUUGCUAAUCCAUUUAAGUACCAAGUUGUGAAGUACUUUUAUGCGACCUCGACGAUUGAAGUCCCAGGAAGUUACAUUGUCAAGUCGUAUUCAAGGAAGCCCUGGAAUCGGGAAUCCAAUUGGUUUGGAUACGUAGCAGUAGCUACAGACGAGGGAAAAGUUGCGUUGGGAAGGAGAGACAUUGUUAUUGCAUGGCGAGGAACUAUCAUGCCUAUUGAAUGGUAUGAAGACUUCGAGUCUCCUUUGGUGUCAGCUUCUAAUAUAAUUGGGACUGGCACCAAUCCUCAAGUUCAUCAAGGAUUUCUUUCCUUGUACACAUCGAUCAAUCCUAGUUCUCCAUAUAAUAAACACAGUGCCAGAGACCAGGUUUUGGGAGAAGUGGAUAGACUGAUGAGGCAAUACGAGAAUGAGGAAACUAGCUUGACAGUAACUGGGCACAGCUUAGGUGCAGCAGUUGCAACGUUAAAUGCACUUGAUAUUGUAGCCAACAGGCACAACAGAAAGGCCAAUAAAGAGGUGUGUCCAGUUACAGCAUUUGUCUACGCGAGCCCACGAGUUGGGGAUAUGAGAUUCAAAAUGGCCUAUGAUUCUCUUGAAAACCUUCAUCUUUUAAGGAUAGAGAAUGCUCCAGAUAUCGUACCCAAGGUUCCUCUCGUAACAAUGGGGUAUGUGGAGAUUGGAAAUGAGUUGCUAAUCAAUACCCAGCUUUCAAACUACUUGAUACAGCCUGGAGACAUCAGAAGCUGGCAUAACUUGGAGGUGUACCUUCAUGGAAUUGCUGGAAGCCAAGGAGCUGCUGGGUUUCGUUUACAAGUGAACAGGGACAUUGCUUUGCUGAACAAGGAAAUACCUAGUUUGAAAAGACAGUACGGGGUGCCCGGUGCUUGGCUAUGUUUGAGAAACAAGGGGAUGGUUCAAAUGAAGGAUGGGCAUUGGAAACUUCAUGAUAAAGAGAGAAAUUUUGAUGAAGCAGAAGACUCUGAAUAAUAAAAGGGAAAAAGAAAAAAGGCU